AUGCGACCAUUUCCAAAAAGGUCACUGAAUAAAGAGAGACGCAUUUAUAAUUACAGAUGUUCUAGAGCAAGGAGGAGUGUGGAGUGCAGUUUUGGAAUGCUUGUGUCAAAGUUUAGACUUUUUGAACAACCUAUAGGUUGCAAAGUAGAAACAGCCGAAGCAUUGAUUAAAGCAGCAUGUGUUUUACAUAAUUUUAUUCGCAUAAGAGAAGGUGUAUUUUCAACACCUUCACACCCAUCUACUAUCAAUUCAAUGGGAUAUCAAAAUAUUGAGGAUCAAGGAAUAAGACCAACAAGAGCAGCAGAAAGUAACAGAGAUUUUUUAUGUGACUAUUUUGUAUCAGACGAGGGUAAAGUUCCAUGGCAAGACAAUUUCUCGUAA